AUGGCUGGCUUACCCAACAGCUCCCGAAAGCGAUCACGAUCUAGACAAGAUAUUGCCGACCUAGAUGAAGCGCACUUCCGAUUCACGAAGCGACGGCAUCCCAAUGCCUUCGAUACGCGCGAACAGACCGGGCCUACAUCCUCAAGCAGCGGCUUAGGGCCGGACCCUGAGGAAUGGUACGGCGAUGGUGACGACGAUGCCUCGCACAAUUUCUUCGCGACCGCUCCCCCAGAACAUACGGCGAGCCUAGGAAAAGCGAAGUUACUGGUCUUCGACAACGACAAUCCCGUUAAGGUGACCAUUGAAGCGACGAGUCGCCGAGUUCGUAUCCGAGCACGAGACGUUAGUAACAUCGUCAAGAACCAACAUGCAGACUCCGCCCUGACUCGUAGGGACAUUUACAACGCCAGAGCCCUCAUCAAACGCCAAAAGCUAGACAGCUACAACCCAACGGCUGCGCUCAUCAAGAUCUUCGACGAAAAGGGCGUUCCUUAUGUGGUGAAGUGGUCAGAGGCGGAGCCAAGUCGUCUUGUCGGUCUAGUGUGGACAUUCCCGUACUGUAUCCGCAUGUGGCAGCGGUUCUCAGAAGUACUCAGCUUCGACAAUACGUACAACACGAACCGCUUCAAGCUCCCUCUUUUCCAGGCCACUGGCCAGACUUGCCUUGGAACUGUCUUUAAUGCCGCAUUCGGCCUUGUCGACAACGAAAGGUUGGAAGGUUUCCAAUUUCUCGCUGAUGGCAUCCGGCAGUUCGCAAUCCAACACAACAUCCGGUUACCCGAUACCAUCCUCACAGAUUUCGGCGACCAGAUGAAACAGGCCUUGAACGAGCAGUUCCCCGAGAGCCAACAACAGAUCUGCAUCCAUCACAUCAUCUCCAAUGUCUUACUCGAGGCAAAACAGAAGUGGAUACGAGGAGGGACAGACGAUGGCAGUGAUCAGGAGAGUGCCACCGAAAACGCCCAGGACCGGACAAUCUUGGCAGCAAGCGAUAGGGCGAUGGUCCGCGACUCUGGGCCUAGCCAGUCUUCCGAGCCCAUUCCACACACUUAUCAGGGUGUCGUGAUGCUGUGGAAGCUGGUUAUGUUUGCGGAAACCGAGGCGGAGCAUGACAGGCUGUGGGCAGAUGUUUGUAAGGAGUUCGGCGAGCAGAAGGCGAUCUUGUUGUACCUGUACAGGACCUAUAUGCCUGUAAGGGAGCAAUGGGCCCGGUGCUUUAUCCGGAAGUGUCGCAACUUCGGGUGCCGGGUCACCUCUGGGACGGAAGCGAGCAACAACAACGUCAAGCCUUAUCUCCUGAAUGGCAUGAGUCACCUGUACCGUCUUGUCGAGGCCAUUACCGACAUGUUGCACGACCAGGAGAGGGACUUCAUUGAGGCGUGUGCACGUGACGAAGUCUUGACUUCGCGCGAGUAUACUGGACAAGGUGCUGAGUAUCUAGGCGAGCUUCCCCAAGUCAUUUCUCAGAAAGCCCUGCGCCUCAUUACACGGGAACACCGCAGAGCUCUGACGGCAAUCCCAAGUCCUUCGAACCCCAGGCCAAAAGGCAUCGGACUCUGCAGCGAGGACUGUACGUCAUCUGCUGAGUUAGGUAUCCCGUGUCGCCAUACGAUUCUAUCAAAGCUGGAAGGUAAUGUCCCACUGGCGAAAUGGGACGUCCACCCGAGAUGGCACUUGCGGCAAUCGACAUCUACGGAUCUGUCACGAAUAUGUCAACAGGUGGAGCCUCGGGGCGCGGACACCCCGAACCAGUCAUCCCGAGGACCAAUCAGGGAAGGCUGGGGACAGGGUCCUGAAGUAGGUUCGUCACAGGAUCCUUAUCGUCGGAUUCUCAACCCAAAGAUUGCCACGUCGCUUCGCGGUAGGCCAAAGAACAUUGCCCGGCCAGUUCCUCUCCAUCUCGCCGUCGCCCAGUUAAGCGCUCAGAGCCAGAACAGACAAGCCGAUGAGCGCUCAGGGGCUAGUCUGCCAGAUGGGAUUCAGCCACGGCGCGGCAGGGGCCGGCCUCGCGGGAGCAAGAAUAAGUCAACACUAGCUCGGCUGGAGGCACACGCCGCAAUCCAAAGGGAAGGCAGUCGGUCUCAACCGAUUUGUGGGGGAGCACGCAGCGACCAGAUGCAGGACUUGGGCCAGGAAAGGCAGCAGGCGUGCGUGCCAGUAGUCCGAAGGUCCAACCGAGCGUACGGAGACGAAGAUCUCAAUGGGAAUGCGUGUUGA